AACGCACACAUCAGCUGUCGUGCAUGUUGUGAGGUUUGCGCUGUAAAAAAGGUUGAUCAAAACCUUCAGAAGUGAAGACUGAAGUCUGUACAUGCCCGAUUUCGAGCAGUUCAAGGUCUUUUGGCAUUAGCGUUCCAAGUCAGUUAUGGAGCCAGAGUACGAUGUCAUAAUCCUAGGGGCAGGCAUAAGUGGUUUGUCGGCAGCCAAGCUGCUGCAUGCUAGAGGUCUGAAUGUACUGGUUCUUGAGGCUAGGAGUCGAGUUGGUGGACGCACCUACACGAAGAGGGAUCCUGACUUCCAGUAUGCUGAUAUGGGCGGGUCUUAUAUAGGCCCCUCCCAGAAACGCAUCAGCAAGCUUGCCAAUGAGCUUGGGUUGAAUCUGUACAAGGUCAACGACAAUGAGAGAUCCAUAUUCAUGGAUAAGGGUAAGAUAAUGCCUUACAGGGAAUUUCCCCGUGUUUACAACCCCCUGGCUCUGAUGGACUUCAUCAGUUUCUGGAGGACGGUGGAUGAAUGUUGUAUGCAGGUACCCCUGUCCGCCCCCUGGGACUGCCCACGGGCCGUGGAGUGGGACGGCAUCACCUCCCAGGAGUUUAUAGACAGGCAUUGCUGGACGCGAUUCACCAAAGCCAGCGCUGAGUCCAUGAUCCGUAUGACCUUUGCCAUUGAGCCCAGGGAUAUGUCCUUCCUAUUCUUCCUGUGGUACACAAGGAGUGGUGGCAAUGCUUAUACUCACAUGGCCACAAGCAAUGGUGCACAAGACAGUAAGAUCGUGGGUGGUUCUAUGCAGGUAGCUGAACGGAUAGCAGACAAUCUGGGCUCAGAUCAUGUGAUGCUCAACAAACCUGUUUCCAAAGUUACUCAGCACGAUGAUGGAACUGUUACCGUAGCAACCCUCGGCGGCAGCAGCUACAGCUGUUCCUUUGUGAUCAGCGCUGUCCCCCAAGCUCUGAUUGGUCGGAUCACAUUUUCACCUCCACUGCCGUCGCUGCGAAACCAGCUUAUUCAACGCAUCCCUAUGGGAUCAUGCAUCAAGGUACUAUUGUAUUACAAGACACCCUUUUGGAGGAAGUUGGAUUUCUGUGGUGAUUUAUGGGGUACAGACCUCAUGGCUGAGGCUCAUGAUGACACCAAACCUGACGGAUCUUACCCAGCUCUGGUUGGAUUCUUAAAUGCGGAUAAUGCCAGGAAGUACUGCAUGGAAACACCAGAGAAAAGGGCCAACAUGGUGGCUGGCUUCUACUCCAAGGUUUUUAAAUCAGAUGAAGCACUCUAUCCCGUGGCAAGCGUGGAGCAGAACUGGAUGGCUGAGCAGUAUUCAGGGGGAUGCUAUAUGGGAGCCACGCCCCCUGGAACCCUGACCACAUUGGGCAAGGUGAUUCGGACUCCCGUGGGCAAGGUGUAUUUUGCAGGCACCGAGACAGCAACAAGAUGGAGUGGGUACAUGGACGGUGCUGUGCAGGCUGGUGAGAGAGCCGCUAGAGAGGUUUUGUGUGCUAAUGGCAUGCUACGUCAGGAUGAAAUAUGGGAGCCGGAGCCAGACCCUGAGAAUGAUGGAGUUACCUACAACCCUUUUGCCGAUAGUCUCUUUCUCCGAAUGGUGCCUUCCGUUCCCGCCUUUCUCAAAUUCACUGGUGGAGCACUGGCCCUUGGCGCAGUGGCGUCAGUUUUGUAUCUUCACAGGAACAGGCUGCCACAGCUCUUUCCAAACUAGGGACGUGGGAAUACUUUUACUGGAACUAAAGUUGGAGAAUUGAUGGUACUUUAAUCAUUCCUAUUCAUGAGCAACAGCCUUCACCUUGGGAACUAGUUUGUCAACUUCCAAUACCAAGGGAAGUUAACAUAGACUAUCCACAUACCAAGGGAAUAAAUGUGUGCUUGGCCUUUUUUAAUCAAGUUCAUUUAAAACCGAUUA